AUGGCUGAGGCAGAUGUGUCCAUGACUGAGGUAGUUGUGUCCGUGGCUGAGGCAGAUGUGCUCAUGGCUGAGGCAGAUGUGUCCGAGGCUGAGGCAGAUGUGUCUGUGGCUGAGGCAGGUGUGUCCGUGGCUGAGGCAGAUGUGUCCGUGGCUGAGGCAGAUGUGUCCGUGGCUGAGGCAGAUGUAUCCAUGGCAGAGGCGUCCAUGACUGAGGCAGAUGUGUCCAUGACUGAGUAUCUCAACUUUGUUGAGUGGGCCAAUGGCAUUCUGGAGGAGCAGCAGGACUAUGAUGCCGAAGCUCAGACUGCUCUCCCAGAGAAGAGAACAACAACAAAAAAGAAGAGAAAACCAGGUGAGUUGGCAGAAGACGAACCCAUUGCUAAUGCAGACAUGGAUUACAAAAUCAAGAUCCACAAUGUGAGAAAAGAGCCUUCCAAAGACAGCCAUGAAGGAGCUCCGCAAAAAUGCUUACUGGAAUUUGAUGAACACGCCACUGUUGAGGCAUUGCAGGCUGAACUGAUCAGCCUUGCACAACAGUGGGAAAGACUGAAACAGUCAGCAUUGGAGGAGUACAACAGCAGGGCUGCCGCCGCCACCAGUGAUGUAUCAGGGGAAGGCUUUGAGGAUCCUGAUGAAAGGGUGGAGUUGUACAAUCUGCUCACGGAUGCGUAUCACAUCAUUAAUUUGGGCUACAAGUUCCUCCUCACCCUAUCCAUCACUCAGGUGGCUUGUGAGAGGACCGUCUCCACCAUGAAAUUUGUGAAGAACCACCUAAGAACCUCCCUCACUCAAGAGAACCUUGAAGCAUUCCUUUUGAUGGCAACAGAGAAGGAGAUUAUUAUGGGACUUGGCAAAGAUGAUAUCAUUGACAAGAUGUCAGAGAGCACAGGAGAGAAAUGUGGAUCCUCUGGGGAGCCUCAACAACAUCAUGAUGCUGACGAGGCAGAGAAGAGUCUCUCCACAUCAGAACACCUCAAGAAACACCAGCAGAGACCCACUGGAAAGAAAUCUCACCACUGCUCUGACUGUGGGAAGAGUUACUCAAGAUCAGAUUCACUAAAAGUGCACCAGAGAAUUCACACAGGUGAUAAAUCUCAUUGCUGCUCUGACUGUGGGAAACGUUGCAAAUCUUCAUCAGAACUUAAAAUACACCUGAGAAUUCACACAGGAGAGAAAUCUUACUGCUGCUCUGACUGUGGGAAAUGUUUCUCAAGAUCAAAUUCACUAAAAGUACACCUGAGAAUUCAUACUGGAGAGAAAUCUCACAGCUGCUCUGACUGUGGGAAGAGAUUCGGCUCUUCGUCAGACCUUAAAAUACAUCAAAGAAUUCACACAGGAGAGAAACCUUUUGGCUGUGAUCAGUGUGGGAGGAGUUUUACUCUGCUACAAAACCUGAAAUCACACCAGAGAAUACACGCUGGAGAGAAACCUUAUGGCUGUGAUCAAUGUGGGAAGAGUUUUUCUCGGCCAAGCAACCUGAAAUCACACCAGAAAAUACACACUGGAGAGAAACCUUAUGGCUGUGAUCAAUGUGGGAAGGGUUUUACUCUCUCAAGCUGCCUGAAAUCACACCAGAGAAUACACACUGGAGAGAAACCAUAUAGCUGUGAUCAUUGUGGGAAGAGUUUUGUUACAGCUAGCCAACUGACUGUACACCAGAGAACACACACAGGACAGAAACCUUUUAGCUGUAAUCAAUGUGGGAAGAGUUUUGUUACAUCUAGCGAUCUGACUGUACAUCAGAGAAUACACACAGGAGAGAAAUCCUAUAGCUGUAAUGAAUGUGGGAAGAGUUUUACUCAGUCAAGUAGCCUGAAUAGACACCAGCGAACACACACAGGAGAGAAACCUUAUGGCUGUGAUCAAUGUGGGAAGAGUUUUGUUUCAUCUCAAAAUUUGAAGGUACACCAGAGAACACACACAGGAGAGAAAUCUUUUAGCUGUGCUCAAUGUGGGAAGAGUUUUACUUGGCUUUACAGCCUGGAAUCACACCAGAGAACACAUACAGGAGAGAACUCUCAUAGCUGUUUUCAAUGUGACAAGAGAUACUCUGAUAAAAGAUCUCUGAUCAAACAUCAGAAAGUACAUGCAUGAAGGAGUUUUUUCAUGAUAUCAAUGAAAUAAUGUCACAAUGUUUUAACAUUGUAGAAGGAGUAUUUUAAUAAUUUCACAAUGUGGGUAGUUGUUUCAGUGACUUGAAAACAACAUAAUUUCAACAUACUUGCAAUCUGUACACAUAGAGUUAUAUAAUAAAUUGGUCUGUAAUCAAUAAUAAUACAUUUUAUUAACAAUCUUACAUCACUCCAGUAUUCCUUGACAACAUUCAAGUGCUAAUUGUCUUCAUUCCACUACUGAAUAAGCAUGACUCAUAUUUCAAACAUUCAGCCUGACUAAAGACAUCCAGCCUGUUUUAUUAUUGCCAAUACAUAUUAAUGUACAUUUGGUUUUGAUAUUUCAGAUUUACAAUUCAUGUAAUAAUUAUUAAUGCAACCAACUGACAAUUUUUGGGUACUAUUAUAUUGACAUUGUUGCCCUGCUUUUAGAAUAUCAGGGUUCAUUCUCAGAUGUGCCAACCCAAAUGUACUAGAGCAUGACAUUGGGGACUGGGCCCCGAUCCAACAACAUGCCUAUCUAGUGAACCCGGAAAAGAGAGAGAAGCUCUGUAGUGAGGUGGAAAGUUACUACGGAUAUUGCAGGAGUUUCCUCUUGAAAUCAGACAUGUCCGUGGUAAGGACAACUUGGUUGCUG